CAUGCUUAGACUUUUCAAAGAGACAAACUCCAUUUUCUUAUGAAUGGAAAGUGAAAACCCCUGUUACGCUUAAAUUGGGUUCCUUCCUGUCCUGAGAAACACAGAGACCCCCAAAAGGGAAGCAGAGGAGAGAGAGAGACCCACACCCAGACCCCGCGAGAAGAGAUGACCAUGACCACCAUGCCAGAGAGUCUCAACAGCCCCGUGUCGGGCAAGGCGGUGUUUAUGGAGUUUGGGCCACCCAACCAGCAAAUGUCUCCUUCUCCCAUGUCCCACGGGCACUACUCCAUGCACUGUUUACACUCGGCGGGCCAUUCGCAGCCCGACGGCGCCUACAGCUCGGCCUCGUCCUUCUCCCGACCGCUGGGCUACCCUUACGUCAACUCGGUCAGCAGCCACGCGUCCAGCCCCUACAUCAGUUCGGUGCAGUCCUACCCGGGCAGCGCCAGCCUCGCCCAGAGCCGCCUGGAGGACCCAGGGGCUGACUCCGAGAAGAGCACGGUGGUGGAAGGCGGUGAAGUGCGCUUCAAUGGCAAGGGGAAAAAGAUCCGCAAACCCAGGACGAUUUAUUCCAGUUUGCAGUUGCAGGCUUUGAACCGCAGGUUCCAGCAAACUCAGUACCUAGCUCUGCCCGAGAGGGCGGAGCUCGCGGCCUCCUUGGGACUCACGCAGACGCAGGUCAAGAUCUGGUUCCAGAACAAGCGCUCCAAGUUCAAGAAGCUGAUGAAGCAGGGCGGGGCGGCUCUGGAGGGUAGCGCGCUGGCCAACGGCCGGGCGCUGUCUGCAGGCUCUCCUCCAGUGCCGCCCGGCUGGAACCCCAACUCCUCUUCCGGGAAGGGCUCGGGCGGCAGCGCGGGCUCCUACAUCCCCAGCUACACGUCGUGGUACCCCUCGGCGCACCAAGAAGCUAUGCAGCAACCCCAGCUCAUGUGAGGUUGCGCGUCCGCACCCGCCCGCCUCCUUCCCGUCUCCCUCUGCUCGGGCCCCUCUCGCCUCCCGGUCCAUCCGCCCCGUCCGCGUGCCGUGGGUCCGGAGGAGAAGGGCCCAGAGGGAAAGAAGAAGGAACCGUAGAGGCUGGACGCCCGCCGCCUCCUCCGAGUGCCGCGCGGUCUGGCUCGGCGACUGCCCUGGCGCCCACGCCCUUGCCCGAACCCCGGCCUCGGCCGCGCGGUGCCAGCAGAGUGGCCUCGAAGCGCAGGCACAGAGGCCUGAGACAGCGGGAGCCGCCGCAAGAUCCCGCCGGACCCGACCGCCGACCCGACCUGGGACUAUCAGGAAAACAAAACAAAACAAAAAACAAUGUAGAAAAAGGAAAAGCUCUUUCUGUCCUGUCCGUUUCUUGUCUCCUUUCGCUCUGUAUCUGUGCCCUGACGAAGUCGAGGUUCUCGUCCGUCCGCUGUCCUCGUUCUUCGGCCUCUGAAAAAAGUCACCAGGUCGGAGGAGGCUUGGUCCACCGGGCCACCCAGUUCCGGAUACUGGAACGUUUUGUCUUUUCGGACCUUUUCCUGGGCCUGCCUAACCAUCUGUGUGGCUCGUUCGGGGAUUGGGGGAAAUUGGAGGGAGGGGGUUUUAUUUAUUGAGAAAUGAACUUCUCUUGAGGCUGAAUGUUCGGUCAAUUCACGGUUCUGUGGGGCGCGAGGAGCGCAGGGUCCAAACGUACCCAUUACUUUAAACGCACCCGGAAAAACGAAUAAGGAGGACCUGGUGAUUUUUAAUUUAUAUAGUAACUUUUGUACUUCGCUGGUAUGGAGAGGUUGGAACCGAAUGAUUUGCAUUUUUUACAUGUCCCGUAUUAUUUUAAAAAGAAAAGAGAGAGAAAGAAAUGAAGCCAACACAAUUUCCUCAUCUCGGAAGAACGCUUGAUCGCUUUACCUGGUUAAGCAGGAAAAUCCUAAUUCUUCCCUUGUGGAGAGAGAGGACUGAUGGGCGGGGAGAGAAAA